AUGGGGGAGGAGCCGACGCACACGCCAGCGGCCUGCCACGACGGCAUUAUUAGCAUCGAGGCCGGGGCGGAGAGGAGGUGGUCCAUGCUCCCCGACGAUAUCCUCACCCUUGUCUACUCCAGGAUCGCCUCCGCGGACAACCGUGUGCGCUUCGCCGCCGUGUGCACGUCAUGGCGCGCCAUUGCACAGAUGCAGCCACCGCGUCGUGUGCUCCCGUGGCUGAUCCUUGAUCCGGCAAGCAACGACAGGGCGAAGCAUGCGUACUGCCUCGAGGACGGCACCAUCCUGCCGCGCUUCCGGUUUCCAAGCGAGGUUGUCGGCGGGUGCAUUGUCGGCUGCUAUGACGGCGGAUGGGUCGCCGUCUCUGAAGCCCCGCUGAGGAUCAUCAACCUUUUCUCUGGUGCCGAGGUGGCCCUCUCAGCGAAGCAAAGGAGUAUCACCCGGUUACGUCCACACGCCGACGACCCGUUUGUUCCUCUCAAGGUAAUAUUCUCCGGGCGGCCCACCUCAAGAGGUUGUAUCCUCGCUGCCAUCAUCGCCAGUUCUGAAGUCGCGAUCUGCGGACUUGGCCGCUCCGAGUCUGCAUGGUUGCCAAGUAUAUUUCCUGGGCAGACAGUCACAGAUAUUGCCUUCUGCAACGGCUAUCUUUAUUGCCUCAUGUCAAAAACAAUGGCCAUCGUUAGGUUCAAGAUUGGCUUAACCAAACAUGGUGUGCGCAGUGGAGAUCCCCAAUGGUUGAUUAUACAUGACCCGGGGUACUUGGAGGACAAUGGCGAUCCAGACGAGCGUGCCGCGUACAUUGUUGAGCUAAGUGGCAAGAUCAUGAUAGUGGUGAGGAAGACGAGGGGGUCAUGGUGGUGGUCAUGCAACAAUACAAUGCCUAUUUUCUUUUGUCUCGAGCUAGUUGAUGUCGGAGAUGGCAAGUACAAAUGGGAACCUGUGAAAAGGCUAGUGGACCAUGCCUUGUUCUUAGGGCCGUCGUUCUCCAAGGCAAUGGACAUGUCGAUAGGGGAGCCUUGCAGUCCACGAAGAAACCACAUCUAUUACUCCCAUCAUCGAUGCUAUCCACGAAAAGAAUAUUUGCCCCAUGAUGCCAAGGAAUUCUUGACGAGCUCAAACAGUGAUGGUUGCCAUGCGUAUUACAAGCAAGGUGAAAGUGUUGACAACACCGACGCGGGGAUCAUGUCGGUGGGGUACUACGUGUUGGGUGGCAACCAAUGUCCUCCUAUGUGGCUUUUCCCUCCGGAUCUCUAG